CUGAGCAGCGACUGACAGUUCGUCCAUCCAGUGCGGCGGUUUGUUGAUAUCUGCAGCUCGCGGCUGGACUUUACUCUCAUUGGCUCUCAUUGUUUGUUAAACUUCUCCUCGAGGAACAUGAGCGUGUCCUUCAGCGUGUCGCGCGCCUUUCUGCCUCUGAGUUUGAGGUGUUGAUGUGAAAGUGUGUCAACUAGUCAAAUCAAGGUGAACUGAGUCUCCUGCUGCAGCUGCACGAUGAUGACAGGACUUCUGUUGUAGACUAAAGUUGGUCUUUAACAACCAUGACAGGUGACACGGUGGUCUGGAGGGGUCUGACCUGGAUGAAGCAGGCGGCCAGCAGAGCCACACCAGGCGGCCUGCACGGCACCGGGAACCAGAGGCUGGGAAACUUCUUCCAUCAUGCUGCCGGAUCAGCGAGGGAGACGUUCAACAAGCAGCAAGAGGUCUGCGUCCACAGAGCCACAGCAGCAGCACAGCUUCACAGAUAUUCCACUAUGGGAGCUUGUUUCAGUACCUGUUUCAUUGGAAGUGUAAACGGCGGACAGGCGACCUGCGGUGGAGGAACUAACACUAAACGUCUGAAGUACCACAGAGACUGGUCCCGCCAACUGUUCUCUGGACAUACCAGGUUAUUUAACCAGGACAACUCAACGGUGGGCCGUCUGACACAAGAGGACGUCGAUAAAGCAGGAAACACCAAGAAAACAGACGUCAAGCAGCAUAAACAAGUGCUCAGUGACAGAGCCAGAGAGAGGAAGGUGCCCGUCACACGGAUAGGAAGGCUGGUGAAUUUUGGAGGUCUGGCGGUUGGACUCGGCAUCGGAGCGAUCGCUGAAGUGGCCAAGAAGAGUUUAAAACCUCAACAGCAAGGUGAUAAAAAAUCUGUUCUGAACUCGAGUGCGUUCCUCUCCGAAGCCAACGCUCAAAGAAUCGUGCGGACACUCUGCAAAGUCCGAGGUGCAGCUCUGAAACUUGGACAGAUGCUCAGUAUUCAAGAUGACGCCUUUAUUAACCCCCAGUUGGCUAAAAUCUUCGAGCGUGUUCGACAGAGUGCAGACUUCAUGCCUCCUAAACAGAUGAUGAAAGCCAUCAGCAGUGACUUCGGCCCAAACUGGAGAGACAAGCUGGAAUACUUUGAGGAGAAGCCAUUUGCAGCGGCGUCUAUCGGUCAGGUGCAUUUAGCGAGACUGAAGGACGGCAGAGAGGUCGCCAUGAAGAUUCAGUACCCCGGAGUUGCCAAGAGUAUCGACAGUGACGUGAAUAAUAUCAUGACUGUUCUGAGUUUAAGCAACGCGCUGCCUGAAGGUCUGUUUCCUGAGCACCUCGUUGAGGUCAUGAGCCGUGAGCUGGCGCUGGAGUGUGAUUACAUAAGAGAGGCCAAAUGUGCCAAAAAAUUCCAAGAGCUGCUGAAAGAUCACCCGUACUUCUAUGUGCCCGAUGUGAUUGACGAGCUGAGCAGCCCGCACGUCCUCACCACAGCGCUGGUGCCCGGUUUCCCUCUGGACCAGGCCACCGACCUCUCACAGGAGCUCAGGAAUGAGAUUUGCGAGCAGAUCUUGAGCUUGUGCCUGAGAGAGCUCUUUGAGUUCAGAUACAUGCAGACUGAUCCAAACUGGUCCAACUUCUUCUUUGAUCCACAAGCUCACAAGGUUGCACUGUUGGAUUUUGGAGCUACGCGGGGAUUUGAUAAGAGUUUCACUGACUCCUACAUUGAGAUUAUUAAUGCAGCUGCAAAUAACAACAGAGAAGGUGUCCUUCAGAAAUCCAGAGACAUGAGGUUCCUCACAGGAUACGAGUCAAAGGCAAUGGAGAACGCCCAUGUGGAUGCAGUGAUGAUCCUCGGGGAGGCCUUCUCCUCUAAGGAGCCCUUUGACUUUGGAUCUCAGAGCACCACCGAGCGUAUCCACAGCCUCAUCCCCGUUAUGCUGAGGGAGCGGCUCACGCCGCCUCCCGAGGAGACGUACUCCCUCCACCGCAAGAUGGGCGGCUCCUUCCUCAUCUGCUCCAAACUCAAAGCCAAAAUAGCCUGCAAGAACAUGUUCCAGGAUGCCUACGACAACUACUGGAGAGACGGAAGCCCCGAGUCGACUAACUAGCUUUAUGACUGGUUUUCCAAAACUUUUUUAGUCUUCUUUGUGUUAUGUUGAACAAUUAAACUCACACAUUCUUACCUGAAGUGCAACCUGGGCCAGAUAAUGUCCAGUAGUUUUGUGUUUUUACUCAUCAGGUUAAGUGAUACGAGUUCAUAUAAUACAUGAAAAAAUCUGAAUAAUGUUGCCUAUUAAGAACAUUUUCAUAUCUGCACGCUUCAUAUUCCGUCGCUCAUUUUGACCACAGCUCCAUCGAGACUAACACGAACAUUGCUUUUCAAGGUAAUUUCUACAUAUUGUUUGAAUGAAUUUGUUGUGUACAACCUAAUAAUUAUGUGUCUGUAUGAUGUAUCUGAUCAGGACUGUCAUUUGAAAUAAAUAUACUCAUGUUGCAAAAAUAAA